UUUAUUUAUCCCUCGCCCCCAUUUCUGUUCAAAUUUCCAUAUUCGCAGCUUAUAGAACUUACCUCCUCCUCCUCCUCCUCCUCCUUUUUCUGCCUUAGAGGUCCUUGUGGCCUAUUUUACGAUAUAUCAGUCGCCUAUACCCGGAACAAUUUCCAUCACGAUCGGCAGCCGUGCAGCGGUGAUCAUGCGCGGAGCCUCAUUCCUGUCGCUAGCUGCCGUGGCUCUGCCAUGUGCCAAUGCCAUUACCCUACACAAGCGGGACGAUCCUGCCGUUUUCGGACUUGCGAUCGCCCGCAGUGAACGAUCCCAAGCACUACAAAAACGCGAUUCCAAAGUUGCCAGCACGGCUCUAUACAAUGUGCAAAACAUGUAUUAUAUGGUGAACAUCACCGUCGGCACCCCGGCCCAAAAUGUCUCUCUGAGUCUCGAUACUGGCAGCAGCGACAUCUGGGUCAACGUCCCAAACUCUACUUACUGUGCGGCUGAUGAUGAUCCCUGCACCUCGACCGGCGUGUUCAACCUGAAAGACUCCUCCACCUUCAAAAUACUAGAUUAUGAUAUGAACGCCACCUAUGUCGAUUCCUUUUUGGCUGCAGGCCCCUACGCCACCGACACGCUGACUAUUGGAGGUGCGACGGUGAAAAAUAUGGAGUUCGCAUUGGCCGAGGAAAGCAAAAAUCCCCAUGGUAUUCUAGGAAUAGGUUAUUCGGCUGCUACUGAUGCCGCCGCGAACCUUGGCAAGAAAUACGAUAACCUCCCCGAAGCACUCGUCAAAAGCGGUGCUAUCAAGUCGGCUGCCUAUAGUCUGUGGUUGAACAAAUACGAUGGCACUGGAAACCUUCUCUUUGGAGGUGUCAACAAAGCACAAUAUCAAGGCGAGCUACAAACCGUGCCCGUCUUGCCCGUCUAUGGUCAGUAUAGUUCCCUGGCCAUCGCCUUGACAGAUAUCUCUGUGAAGGGCUCCGAGGGCUCCAAGAGUUAUACAACGGGACUUCCCUUGGCCGUCAGCUUGGAUAACGGAAGUCCUAUGAUUGCACUGCCAAAGGAAAUUCUGGAUCCCAUCUUCAAGGAAGUUGAUGCCGGAUACUCCUCGAGCGCCGCUGCCGCCUAUAUUCCCUGUGAUCAGGCCAACGCCGAUUACAAUGUGACCUUUAGCUUCUCGGGCGCCACCGUCACUAUUCCCCUCAGUGAACUGGUGUUCGAAGGUUACACCGAGACCGGAUUCCCCGACAACGCCUGCAUCUUUGGAUUGACAUACAGUGAACCCGGAGUGAAUCUGAUGGGCGACCCAUUCUUGCGUGGCGCCUAUGUGGUUUACGAUCUCGCCAAUAACGAGAUUUCGCUCGCAAACGCCAACUACGAUGGCGGCAAGGAUGACAUCCUAGAGAUUGGCACAGGUACGGCUGCCGUCCCGGGUGCGACACUUAUGCCCUCUGCUGUCACUUCAGCGACGGGUAACGGAGCUGCUGCAACUGGCACAGGCUCGGGCUCCUCGGGAUCAGGGUCUCAAGGAACCACUAUUUAUAUCACCGGUUCGGUGACUGCAACGGCCAAGAGUGGUGGUGCUACUAGCACCUCCUCUAAGGGCCUGGCAGCGUUGCCCACCGGCAGCCCUAAUCUGCUGCCGGGUAUCUUGGGCGCUGGCCUGCUACUGGCUUUGUAGCUUAGGCGAUUAGCUAGUAAGUUAGUGUCAUAUAUUACGUGAUCAAAGUACUUUUGUAUCCAUCUCUAUACCCCGCUAAAGAUCAAAAGGAACACAUUUCAUCCCAUUGAUGCCUUGCCCGCCGAGAUUACUGCUCAUUGUGCUUCCACAUGUUGAUAUAUUGAUAAACGGAGUCGAAAGGAGAGGUCAUGCUGCACAUCAGGCGAAUGAUCCAAUUGGCGUAUAUUUUGAGAACAUGAGCUGCUACAUCUGGAUUCUACAACGCGAGGUCGGAUCGCUUCCAUUUUUUCUUAGUGUACAAAUGUUCUUAGUGAAUUACAUGAGAUGACGCUGAACGGUCGUUGGCCAAGGGUUAUGACGAACUAAUUUGGACUUUUACAUUACAAAGCAUUACUUGACAUGAUUAAGCUAUUCGUCACAUACUGUAUCAUCGUUGCGGG